UAAUGUCAGUCGUAUAUCUAAUUUUGUAACGCUAUAAAAUUUAAUUAAUAAAAAAUAAAAAAAAAAUUAUUACAAAAGUUGAGCCUGGAACGUUAAUUUUCAGACAGCUAAACGCAAUAAUCCAAGGCAGUUGUCACUUGGUUAAUGGAAUCUAUUUAGAAUCAAUAAAUAUUUUAUAUUUUCAAUUAAAAGGAUGGCAGAAAUUGCUUGGCCCUGGCAAUACAAUUUUCCACCUUUCUUUACAAUCCAACCUCACUCAGAGACCAGACAGAAACAGUUAGCAGCUUGGGAAGAAUUAAUUGUGCAAUAUUUAAAAUCAUCCAAACAAUACAUUAUCGAUGUAAGAGAAUCACAAAAUACACCAUUGUUUAGCAAUCCAGCAAUCAAUAGAAAACUCUCGCAAGAUGCUGUUUUGACUAUUUUAGAAGAUAUGGCCAGGUGUGGACGAGCUGCUCCCACUGAUAAGACAAAGACAGUAUGGGAAGUGUAUUGGCAUUCAUUGGAUGAAUGGGGUAAUAUGAUAUAUAGCUGGGUUAGUGCAAAUGGUUUAAAUAACUCUGUAUGUACACUUUUUGAGCUAAGGGAAGGUGAAACCACAGAAGGAGAAGAGUUCCAUGGUUUGGAUGUAAACAUAUUGACUAAAGCAUUGAAAAGCUUGGAAGUGAAAGGGAAAUGUGAAUUAAUGGAAUUUGAUGAUAACCAAGGAGUUAAGUUCUUCUAGUUGAUGUGAUUGCUAUUUUAUAUUUUAACUUGUAAACUAUGUAUGGAAAUGUUGCAUUUUGUUAAGUUGUGGUCAUUUUAUAUGUUGAAAUAUAUUGCCUGAGAUUUUAA